GAGAGAUUCGCCCAUAGCUCGUCCUCCUUAGUCUUCCUCCUCCUCCGCUCGCUCAGCUAUGGGAAAGGCUCAGAAGAAGACAGGGAAGGGCCGUCUUGACAAGUAUUACAAGCUUGCCAAGGAGCAAGGGUACCGCGCUCGUUCGGCCUUCAAGCUCAUCCAGCUGAACAAAAAAUACUCGUUCCUUGAGUCAGCAAGAUGUUGCAUAGAUUUGUGUGCUGCUCCAGGAGGUUGGCUUCAGGUCGCAAGCAAGUAUAUGCCUUUGAAUAGUGUUAUUGUCGGUGUCGAUCUGGUACCCAUUAAGCCAAUCCCCCGCGUCGUCACCUUCGCUGCCGACAUCACCACCACCAACUGUCGUAACCUGAUUCGUAACGAGCUCAAGGAUUGGAAGGCCGACGUCGUCCUGCACGAUGGUGCGCCCAACGUUGGUACCGCCUGGGUGCAAGACGCCUACAGUCAGUCCGAGCUUGUGCUCAUGUCUCUCAAACUUGCCGCCGAGUUCCUCAUCAAGGGCGGGACGUUCGUGACGAAGGUCUUCCGCUCCGUCGACUACAACAACCUCAUCUGGGUCUUCAACCAGCUCUUCGGCAAGGUCGAGGCGACGAAGCCCCCCUCGUCUCGUAACGUCUCCGCUGAGAUCUUCGUCGUAUGCCGCGACUUCCUCGCCCCCAAGCACAUCGACCCCAAGUUCUUUGACCCGAAGCACGUCUUCAAGGAUCUCACUGCGUCUGCCCCCGCGGAGGAGCAGGCCGUUGCGAAGAAUGCGCAGGCGAAUGUCUUCCAGCCGGAAAAGAAGCGCCGGCACCGUGAUGGCUACGCUGACGGCGACUACACUUUGUACAAGGACUCCGGCGCCGCGGACUUCGUCAGGUGUCAAGAUCCUAUCGCAUUCCUUGGGACAUACAACAAGAUCACGUUCAAGACUGACGAGGAAAAGGAAUGGCAGAAGCUAGACAUCACCACUUUGGACGUGCUCGCCAAUUGUGAGGACCUGAAGGUCCUUGGCAAGGGUGACUUCAAGACCUUGCUCAAGUGGCGGAUAGCCUUACGAGAGGAGAUCGGCCUUGAGGUCAAGACGAAGCCCACCGAGGAGCUGACCGAGACCGUGGAGGUUGUCGAAGAGGUCGACGAAGAAGCGCAGAUCCAGAAUGAGCUCGAGCGAUUUAACGCAGAAGCUGCCGCCCGUGCCAAGCGCGAACGCAGACGAGCGAACGAGAUCAAGGCGCGCACUAUCCAGCGUAUGCAGCUGCGCAUGACCGCGCCCAUGGAUAUCGGUAUGGAGCAGUCGGAUGCCGCACUACGAGGCCAGGACGACAUCUUCGAGCUCGAUGACGCGUCUAAUGCCCUGAAGGGUCAGCGCCCUGAGGCCGGCUACGACGAGUCAUCAGACGAGGAGGAUGGCGACGUUGAGGGAGAGGAAGAAGAUGAAGAAGCAUUGGAUUCGGAGGAAGAGCGGGAGCGGAAGGUCGCAGGGUUGGAGGAAGAGCUGGACGGUCUGUAUGAUGCGUACCGGGAGCACCUCAGGGAGCGGGACGCGAAGUACAAGGUGAAGGAGGCGCGGAAGAAUAACAAGCUUCGCGAGGAGACGUGGCUCGGUGUCGGCAAAGGCGAUGAGUCGGACGACAGCGCCGCUGAGGAGGGAGGCUAUGAGAGGGUUCAGCGGGCGAAGGCACGCAUCGGCGAGCAUGACUCGGACUCGAGCGACGACUCCAGUGAUGAGGCGAGCGAGGCCGAGGAUAUACGGGUAGCUGGGAAGAAGCGGAGGCGGACGGACGGGCCUGCGGAGGGUCCGUCGAAGAGCAAGAAAGCACGGACAGCCGCCAAGCUUGAGGAGCCCAAGCCUGCUCCAUCCUUGAGCCGAUCUGCUCAGCUCUGGUUCGAGCAGGACAUCUUCGCGGGGGCUGGCGAGGUCAUGGUGGAUGAUGAAGAGGAAGAUGAGGAAGAAGACGAAGAUGAGGAAGAAGACGAAGAUGAGGAAGAAGACGAAGAUGAGGAAGAAGACGAAGAUGAGGAAGAAGACGAAGAUGUGAGCGAGGAAGAUGAGGAGGCUCCGUCGGGAGAGGACGAUUUCGACGACUUCGAAAUCGUACCACAAGAUCAGGAUGACGACGUCGAGAUGUGGGACGUUGAAGGCGAGAAUGAGGAUGAGAUCAAACAGGCGAAGAUCCAAAAACAUGGGCUCAUCACAGCAGAAGCCGUCACUCUGGCCCAAGCCCUCGUCAAUCGCCAGAAGACCCGCACAGACCUCAUUAACGAUGGCUUCAACCGCCAUUCACUCAACUCCAAAGAAGGCCUUCCCUCUUGGUUCCUAGACGACGAGCAGAAGCACUAUAAGUCGAACUUGCCCAUAACCAAGGAGGCCGUCGCCGCACUCCGUGCCAAGAUGCGUGCCCUCGACGCACGUCCGAUCAAGAAGGUCGCCGAGGCCAAGGCGCGCAAGAAGUUCAAAGCGGCCCAGCAGCUGGAGAAGGCCAAGAAGAAGGCCGAGGGCGUGAGCGAGACAUCCGAUAUAACGGAGCGCGAGAAGGCGAAGCAGAUCGAGAAGCUCAUGGAGAAAGGCAUGAAGGGCAAGAAGCGAAAGGAGGUCAAGGUCGUUGUCGCGAAGGGUGUCCACAAGGGCUUGAAGGGACGGCCAAAGGGCGUGAAGGGUCGCUACGUGAUGGUCGACCCAAGAAUGAAGAAAGAGAUGCGCGCACAGAAACGGAAAGAGAAAGCGAACAAAAAGCGAAAGCGGACGUGAUCCUACUGGCUCUCCUUCCUCUAUCACUCUUCCCGCUGUAUUCCUUACCGUCAUUUUCGGGCUCGGUCAUGCACGCACAUUAUGUAUCCAUGCAUCCUAUAUCCCAUUACGA